AUGACGCGUGACGAGCCCGAGGACCAGCACCAAUCGAAGCGAAAACGGCGCAGGCAAAAUGACACCGAUCUGACGGACGAGGACAUGAAGCUGAGACAGAAGUUCUUCCAGCUACAGAAGAACUGGGAGGGGAUCGAGCAGUACCUUGCUGAGUAUCCGCAAUGCGACGAGUGUAUUGGGCGCAAAAUUAAGUGCGAUCGCCGUCAGGAUAGCCCUGCUUGUAAUACCUGCAGGAAACGGAAGGUGCGGUGUCCUGCACCCGCCCAGUUCGCGGGCUGGAAGUUCUCCCCGGAUGAAAAGGGCCGUGCGCUAGUCGCUGCCGAAUACGAUCGCCUCGCCCCUCGCUAUGUUCGCAAGACUUUUGAUCUCCAGGACUCGCCGUCACGUUCUCCGAGCCCGUCAGCAUCUACAUCUGCUAUACGCGUUGGUGCUGGAGUGGAGCGGCAACCACCCACCGCGUCCCUGACCCACUCACCUCCCGGAUUAGCCACAAGAAGGAAUGCGGCUAUGGCCAUGGAAGAGGAGCUUCAGACCGCGAAACGCCACGUAUUACGCCUUCAGGCCGAGUUAGACAACAUACGCGCCGCAACCGAACAAGCCAGGCGCGGGCAACAGACUGCAGAACAAGAACUCGCCGAUAUGAGGAGGGAGUUAGAGGAGUUAAGGGGGCACGUAAGGUCAAACGCGCCGCCUCCAGAAGAAGGGCCUGUUCAUGGCCGUUCUUCACAAGAGGAAAUUCGCUGCAUGGGCGAGCAGCUGAAAGACUCACAGGAUAAAGUCGCCGAGGCGACGGAGAACUGGCAGAGGCUAAUUACCUCCUGUACCAACGCCAUCGUGCCCCUUCGCGUUCAGAUUCAGAGUUUAGGUGCACCCGGAAAGGAAGCUCUGGCCAUUCUUGACUCUUUCGCUGUGACGGUAACCCGCCACUUGUAUGCCCAAGACCCGACGCACAAAACCUACUUUCAGGGUACAGAUGUCGACCCUGUUUCCACGCCUGUAGUGCGGCCUCCACGAUCACGUAUCCAGAGCCGAAAGCGGAGGCAGGAGGACAGCGACACUGGUGGGCCCUCAUCAAACAGUGAGCAUCAGUAG